CGUGACAGCCUGUUUUGUUUUCGUUUAGAGCUGAAGAGGAAGUGGCUUUCUGUUUGGUCAGUGGGAUUCAAAUAUAUAAGACAAUCACGAGGUUUUAACCGUGUAAUAUCUUAGCAGGUGUCGUACGAAGGUCUUACUUGUUCCGUAGCCUGUGUAGCUAAGGUUAGCCGACUUCCGCCUGUGCAUCCUGUACGGACACGUACGCAGCAUACUGGCAGGUUUAAAACGAGAGUGUUAAAUGAAGUACAUGCCAACAGCAAAACCACUGGUGCUGAUGACAAAGACAAGUCAUACGUGUUUGAUAGUCUCCAGCAUGGCCUCUUUGGUCCUGCUCAUGAUGGUGCUUUACGGGACCAUGAGCAGCCAGCAGCCGGGCGGCUCGAGCCUCAGACACGACUACCAGCUGCUGGGCAGACCCCUGUACAAACUGGAUCUGAGCUGGCCCAAGAACCCGGAGCUCUACACUGGAGACGUGUUUGGAGUGGCAGUCAACCAGUAUGCUGGGGUGGUGUAUGUGGCUCAGAGAGGUGACAACGUUCCGAAGGUGCUGGUGUUCACUACAGAUGGAGAUUACCUCAUGUCCUGGAACACAACCACCCUGGAGAAGCCUCAUGGAAUAUUUCUAGCAGAUGCAGCUUCAUCAAACCCCACUGUGUGGAUCACAGACGUGGGGAACGGCCCGUAUGGUCACUGCAUCAAACGGUACACGCCAUCAGGAAAGUUGCUACAGGUGCUUGGAACGCCAGGAAAAGCAGGUUCUGGACUGGACCCCCUGCAGUUUGAUCAGCCCGCCGAGAUAUUUAUCCAUGACUCUGGGGAAAUUUAUAUUGUGGACGGUGAUGGAGGGAUGAACAACCGCCUCAUUAAGCUGUCCAAAGAGCAGAAGGUGAUGUGGAUGCAUGGAGAGAAAGGACAAGGCCUAGCUCAGUUCUACAUCCCACACAGCGUGACCGUGGACACGGCCCAGAGGGUGUGGGUGGCUGACAGAGGAAACAAGAGGAUCCAGGUUUUUAAUUCUGUCACCGGGGAGUGGCUGGGGACGUGGGGGAGCUGCUUUACUGAAGAUGCACCCUAUUCUGUCCGCCUUACCCCAGACAAAAAAUACUUUGUUGUUGUCCAGCUCAACACCAAUCAGAUUUCACUGCUGGAUGCUCCGCCUGUAGGCAUGAUUGGCCAGUGCAGAGUGGUCAGUGUGAUCCAGUUGGCUGAUGAUGUGAAGCCCCACUUGGUAGACCUAGACCUGAAAACUGGGGCUCUGUAUGUGGCUGAGAUCGGAGCUCAACAAGCACAGAAGUUCACCCCCUUUAGUCUGGGUGAAAAUUUCCUGUGACACCAAGCUAAAACAGCCUGACUGAUCAUAAACGGUUUAUGAUCGUCUGACAUAAAAUGUACGAGAGUGUCAACAAACAGGAUAUGUUUAAUCCUUUUAAUUAGCUGGCUUGAAUCAAAAAUCAAAAGGGGGUCUAUCGUGUACUUUACAGCUCUUUUUCUUUCUGGGACUCCACUACAGCAGCUUUGCAUGAUCACAGUAAGCCCACUGAGGCCCAAGUUUAAUCCAUGACAACCCUAACUUUAAACUCUAACCGGAGACGAUCCGAAUAUUUCUGUGGUUUAAAAAAAUGUUCUGCUGAGUAUCAGGGAACAAAUCACACAUCGUGGUGUAACACACCAAAAACAAACUAACAAGUUCUCUAGAAUAUAGGGCUAGACUUAGGGUCCAAUCACUAAUAGAGGGUUAAAGAAACUGCCCUUUAUUUGAAAGUGAACUUUCAAACUGAAAAGGAAAACAAUUUCAAGCCUUUUGCUCAGUGGAGUUAAUUUUACCUCCUUAUUUGAAGCCUGUCCUCAUAAAAUGUGAAUAAACAGUUUAGCCUUAUAGAUAUGCAUAACCACAGACUGGUGUCAGAUUCACUUCAGUUGAAUUCAGUUGUAUUUACAUAGUGCCAAUUUACAACAGCAGUUGCCUCAAAGUGUUUUAUAUUGUGAUGUAAAAACGAUAUGACAAUAAUAGACAGAAACUCCCUCUGAGCUGGCAGAAACAGGCCCGAGCGGCUGAAGGAGAAGAGAGCAAAGAGAGACGGGACAAAUUGCAAACUAGAGCCAGAGUUAAUCACCAAUGAUUAAAUCCUGCAUUCCAAAAACGUGUUGAUCUUCUGCUGCUACAAAUUAACACGUGCAGUCUCAUUUAAACGGUGGUCCUGACAUACUUUUUAUUUUUUCUUCUUUUAAAUAUUCAGUGGAAUUCAACAACACUGGCACAGCUGUGAAUAUUUCCCAAAAUGUCAUUAUCUAGUUUCAGCUACUUUUCUGAUUUUGGCUUUUGUCAAAGUAAUAUAAAGGUAAAACAGAAUGAAAAGUAUCAUGUGAUUUUUUUUUUUUUUUAUCAGGGUGUUGUUGUCAGUCCUCGCUGUAGUUAUGUGCCAUUUGUAAUGUUCUGAUUUUGCACUGUUUCAGCAGAUCAGAGCCUCUCUGAGAUGUUUUCCUUCUUUACUGCAGACACUUUAAGUUUGUGUGUUUUGCCUGAACCAGAGUCUAGCAAAAGGCUGGAGCUGUUCUGAUAAUAUUAUCUGAUAAUGCUGUUAAUUCAUGUAUGAUUGAUUUGUGUUUUUUGACACAGCAGAUGUAAAUAUUUUGCAGCAUUUUCCUGAAUCUGUACAGAGUAUACACAUUAAAAUUCAUCCUAAUGCUGUCAUCACUCAUCAUUGAACACUAGCAGCCAUAUGUACCGGUGCCAGAAAGCUGUCUCCAUCAUAUGUUCAGGGCCUUUCCAGAGUGUUGUGUUAAAGUCUAAUCUGGCCUUUUUUUCCUUGAGUACAGCGAGUGGUUUGCAUGUUGUUGUAAACAGGAUUGUACAUCUAGAAUCAAGGUGUUUCCUAACUGUAGUUUUUGGCACCGACCUCCUCAAGACUGUUUCUGACUUGGCUAAAUGUUGUGAAAGACUUUUCUCCACAGUCAUUCACUUUGAGUUAUUCUGUGCUUUGCAUGGUAAUAGUUACCUGCCACCAUCAGUCACCAUGCAGUGUAAGAAUCUGUGAUCUGCUGAGAUGAAACAUGCUUCUUUUUGCUGUUUGUUAGUGUUUAGAGUAAUGGGAUUGUUGUGUAUAUUCUCUUUGUAGUACUACUCUCUGUGCAGUAACUGAGCUGCAUGAAUGUGAACUUAUAUGUAGCAAAUGUUAACAGGGUUGAUGGUUCUUUUUUAACCUGGUGGUCAAGGGUUAAAGGGUCACACCACCAAUGUUCCUCAUUAAAAUUCAUCGACACAGCUGUUUGUGGAGGCUUGUAUACAUCAGUGCAAUGGAAUACGAUUUAUGGGCUGUUUAACAUUUUGACUUUGUUUAUUUUGCUUCUUCCAGUAACAAUUAAAUGAUACAUUAGAACGUGACAGCAGUCGGGAUGUUAUCAGGAAAAUCAGCCUAAGGUACGAAGCUUGAUAAUGCAGAUCCAUAACAAGGCAGACGAUGGUGUGGUUAUGGGAAGAGCCUUAUAAAAUACACUGCUAAGCAACGGGGGAAUGAGGAGCAGGUGACUGCGUAAGUCAGGUAACUACAGUCACAUGGCUGACUCCUGGACAAACAGGCAGAGCACGUUUACUGAACAGGGUUGGGUCAGAAAUCAGAUUUAGUGCGUCUGAAUCUUACAAAGUCAGAAUAUCUCAGCCUCUACUGCUUUGGUUAUGUCGCUCAUAGAUCACGUAUGUUUCUGCCAUAAUUUAUUAUAAAUGUCAAUCAUUGUUUAUAUUCAUUGUAUUUAAGAAUAGCCUUCCAAAAGAACCGUUUGCCACUCACUGGUUUACGACAUUAAUCUGUGAUCCCAUGAGGCAUAUUUUCAGACUUAUUGGAGACUGCUGUAAUAUGUAAAGGUGUAAACAGUUGGUCUGUGUAGUUUCAAAUGAUCAUUUUCCAAUAUUGAGUUCAUCCAAACAUGUAUUAGUGUCUGCUCUAAAUGCAAUUACAAUUUAAAUCCUUAUUUUUUAUUCAUUUUUGGUAAAUUGGUCAGUCAAUGGUAACUUUAUUGUCCCCAAUGGGAAAUUGAUUUGCAGAAUAUCCACACAUCAAACAACACACAAAGGUGUCAGGUCACUUUAAGUAGCAUCCAGUAAGGACCCCGUCCGUCCAUGCGUCCGUCUGUCCGUCUGUCUGUCUGAAGCGCUUUUAUUUUGGUGGAUUGUGCUUAGGUACUACCAGUAGGUGGAGCUGUAUCCACAUAGUUUGUACGAACGCCAAUAAAGAAAUA